AUGUCCUAUACCGAUCUCGGCUGCCCCACCGGCCCAGUCCUACUCUUGCUUCCUGGAAUGUUCGCCUCACGAUUUCUUGGCCUCCCAUUGCAUGUCCUCGCUGAGCACACAGGCGUGCGGUUGAUCGUUAUUGAUAGGCCCGGUAUAGGCGGGUCAACGGGGGUUCGCGUCGAAGAACGAAUCGAUUCCUGGGUCGAUAUGCUCCCGAUGUUCUUGGAGCAGCUCGGUAUCGAACAGGUCAGCCUGGUGAGCCAUAGUGCGGGGACAGUGUAUCUGUUGAACACGCUUGCAAGGUGUCGGCGUGUCGUGACCAGGGAGCUAUUUUUCUUGGCGCCCUGGGUGGACCCCGCUCACUCCCAUGUCACAUCAAUGCAAAUGGCACAGUAUCUUCCAACCAAGGUAUUCAGCCUCUGGCACCAUAUCCCGCGGUUCGUCGUGACGCAAGCGAGUCCCAUGCUGGCGUCCAGUGGUGCCGUGAUGCGAGGGAUAUCGUCGGUCUCGUUACCGGGGACGAACAAUAAUACCCAAGCAGAGGAGGACAAGACAUUCCUCGACUCAAACUGGCGGCGCAUUGAGCGUGACUAUGGCGUUCCCAAAGAAGAGUCGGCCGAACUAUCUCGGCUAGUGGUGGAUGCCUUGUUCAAAGGGGAGACGGUGGGGGCGAACGAUGAGGCAUUGGUUUGUCUGAAGAAGGGAGAGGCGGGUAGUAACUGGGGCGCUUGUUCAGAUUACAGGACGUGCGUUAGAGAAUUAGGAGCAAGGGAGCACGCUGCUGGUGGGGAACUAGUUGUUCGGGUGUACUUUGCUGAGAAAGAUGCAAUGGUGGGAUACAAGGGCCAGAAGUACUUCGAGGAGUGUUGGAGGGCCGAGGGGUUGCAGGGAAUUGAUUUUCGGUCUGUUGUCGUCAAGGGAACGGAUCAUGAUACUGUCUCUCAGGCCGUCGAGGUCUGGGAGGAGAUCCUGCGAGCUGUCAAAAACGCAAAUAUCCUUUGA